AAAUAAAACGGAACAGAAAUAUAAGUGAAAACUUAGGAGCUGAGGAACAGUGUUGUCAUUUUCUUGUCAAUCAUUGGGAUAAGAAAACACGGCAGUCAGCCAUGGCUGUUUCGUGGGUACCGCUCCACUGAAAAAUAUGCACUCUCCUUCCACUUCCACCUAUCACUGCUCCUCCCAUUUUCGCUAGCUUCAACAAAUUCAAUGCUUCCCAAACAUUAAUUCCCUUCAACAUCUGCGUUUCGAGCUUCAAUUUCGAGGUCAAUUUUUCCGGCAGAGGAGGAGUUGAUGGAGGGGAAUUCCGGCGGCGGAGGAAACGACGUGGAGCUUCUGUCGAAGACGCUGCAGGUGGAACACAAACUCUUCUAUUUUGAUCUCAAGGAGAAUCCUCGCGGGCGGUACCUCAAGAUCUCGGAGAAAACCUCCUCCACGCGCUCCACCAUCAUCGUCCCCUCCGCCGGCAUCUCCUGGUUUCUCGAUCUCUUCAAUUACUACGUCAAUUCCGACCACGACGACCAGGAAGUCUAUAGCAAAGAACUCCAGCUCGACUCCAAGGUCUUUUAUUUCGAUAUUGGUGAGAAUAGGAGGGGCCGUUUUCUCAAGGUAUCUGAAGCUUCAGUUAAUAGAAAUCGCAGUACUAUUAUUGUCCCGGCAGGAAGUGCUCGAGAUGAGGGAUGGGCAACAUUUAGGAAUAUUUUGGCAGAAAUAAAUGAAACCUUGAGCCUUUAUAUCGUGCCCAAUCAGCAAGCUUCUGAAACUUCAGAACAUCUAGGACUUUCGGAUGAUGUAGGGGCUGGUUUCAUAUCCAGCCACACCUCUCAGCCUGCUCCAAAAGCUAACUUGAAUAUAGACCACUCCGUUGAUUUGGCAGGACCCGAAGAAAUUAAUAACUUAGCGGUCUCUAAGGUAAUCAGAGUUGACCAGAAGAGAUUCUUCUUUGAUCUUGGAAGCAACAGCAGAGGCCACUUCCUGAGAAUAUCUGAGGUGGCGGGUUCUGAUCGCUCUUCCAUCAUUCUCCCAUUGUCAGGGCUACAGCAGGUUCACGAAAUGGUGGGUCACUUUGUUGAGAUCACGAAAGAUAGGAUCGAAGGGAUGAGGGGCGCAAAUGUUAGGACAGUGGAUCCUCCUCAUAGAUGAAUGCUGAUAUUAGUGCUUAGACUCCAGAUGGAAACUGGUACUUCCCUACUCAUACGAGACUGAUAGAUGUUAAUUGUCUGGCUUUUCAUUGUUGAUUUGAAUUGAAUUGAAGUUAAAUAAAGCGGGUUAUCUAUCUGUAUGGUGUAGCUUAGUAUACAAAGUAUUCGAUUGUCAAGUGUGAAUGUGAAGUGAGAGGCAAUAAGAAAUACAGUAGUAAGUCUGUAAUUCCUGGUGUUAAAUGUGCUAUGUUAACUCUGCUGUCUAUUGCUUUAUAUUUUACCUUUUCUUUAUU